CUGGGUGAGGGGAGCAAGGGGUGUGCGGAAAGUCCCAGCCAGGUGUGUGGGUCUAUGGGGAGGGGGUAGCCCCACCCCUGAGGUAUGAAAGCCCCCCUGCCCUGGUCCUGGCUCAGUCUCCAUGGGGGCACUGGGGCUGGAGGGCAGGGGUGGGAGGCCCCACGGGAAGGGCUGCCUCCUGCUGGCUGUGGCAGGAGCCACUUCCCUGGUGACUCUGCUGCUGGCUGUGCCUAUCACUGUCCUGGUUGUGCUGGCCCUGGUGCCCCAGGAGCAGGGAGGACCGGUAACAGGGACUGCUGACCCGGGGGCCCAGGCCCAGGCCCAGCAGCGAUUGGGGUCACAGGAGCUGCCAGAGGAGGAGGCAGGAACAGAUUUCAGCUCCAGGCUCCCAGCUGCCCACCUCAUAGGCGCUUGGACGAAGGAGCAGGGGCUAGGCUGGGAGGCCAAGAAAGAAGAGGCGUUUUUGAGGAGCGGGACGCAGUUUUCCGGCGCCGAGGGACUGGCGCUCCCACAGGACGGCCUCUAUUACCUCUACUGUCACGUCGGCUACCGGGGUCGGGCGCCCCCUGCGGGCGACGGCUUCCUUGACCACUCGGUCACGCUGCGUAGCCGGCUGUACAGGACGGGGGGCGCGUAUGGACCUGGGACUCCGGAGCUGCUGCUGGAGGGCGCAGAGACCGUCACCCCGGUCUUGGACCCGGCCCGGACGCACGAGUACGGGCCUCUCUGGUACACGAGUGUGGGCUUCGGCGGCCUGGUGCAGCUCCGGAGGGGCGAGAGGGUGUAUGUCAAUAUCAGUCACCCCGAUAUGGUGGAUUACAGGAGAGGGAAGACCUUCUUUGGGGCUGUGAUGGUGGGGUGAGGGCCACCUGCGACCCGGGGAAAGCGACUGCAUGGCUGGAAUGUGUGACUCAGCCCAGAUAUUGGGGACCCGGCCUCUAGGGACCCCGUAACAGUGGGAAAAAUGAAGGAGACUGUAUGAAAACUGAUUUCGAGCCUGAAGAAAAUAAAGAGUGUCAAGCUUCAGUGCUGCCAAAUACA